AUGAUUUUUUCAACCUUGAAGUUAAUGAAGAAACUGCAUGUUCACCAAAUGACAAUUCCAUUAUUUGCAGCGGUUAAAACCAGAGCAGAAGGAGGAAAGCAGCAACUGGGAUAAAGACGAUCAAAGACAAUCACUCAAAAAAGCUGAAGGAUUCAUCUCCAAGCAGCCAUGGUCUUCCUGCUCAUAUCCCUAACCGUGCUGCAUCUGCUCACCUUGACCAUGCUCUUCAUCGCCACCCUGGAGAAGUCCUGGUGGGUAUGGACUGAUACCGAAAUCACAGACCUCUGGUAUAACUGCUUCCAUGAUAAUGCCACGAACACCUGGUUGUGUGCAGCUACGAAUGAGAGCGACUGGCUGCAGUCUGUCCAGGCCCUCAUGGUCCUCUCUGUGGUCUUCUCCUCCAUCUCCUUCCUCAUUUUUCUGGGCCAGCUGCUCACCUUAUCCAAAGGAGGACUCUUCUACUUCACAGGCCUCUGUCAGGCCUUUGCAGGUUUCACAGUCUUUGCUGCUUGCCUCAUCUUCACCUUCCACAGAAAGGAGAUCUUAAAUGACUCCAGAGAUCUGAGCAAAGGACGCUUUGGCUACUGUUUCAUCCUGGCAUGGCUGUGUGUCCCUCUCCUCCUGGUCAGUGGAGUCCUAUAUGUCCACCUGCGCAAGAAGCAGUGAGCCAAAACCCCCCGAAAGGCUGGAAAAACCCUCUUUUUAAUGAGUGUGACGGUCGUGGCUCACAUCAGUCACUUUCCAGUUAACUGUAAGCACACAUGAGGAAAUAAGAUGACUGAGAAAGAAAAGAUAAAAUUCUGUUUUAUUUAUAACUCAUGAUCUAUCCUGAGACACAUUGUUAUCAACCAAGACCAGAUCAAGGAAACUAAAAAUCAUUUAACGCUGUAAGAUAAAAAGCUCAUUAUGAAUGUGUUACAUGAAGGAUUCUGACAGGUAUCUGUAUUAGGUAAUGAAUUCCUAACUUGUUGUGCUUAAUACAUGAUUUUUGUAUGUAUAUAUAUUUGUGUUUACUGAUUAAAAAACAAUAAACGGAUUGUUGUCACUUUGUAAGAAAUCUUCCCAUUUGUUAGUUUCACCGAAUGGCUAACACUUGUUUUGUUCUGUAUGAAGUGCUUUAUAUGUAGCACAGUGGGUGCAAUCCCCUGACAUAACACUAUGGAUGGGAAAGGGUGCACUAUCUUUGUCAUUCAAUCAAUCACUCAUUGUUUGGUAGCAUUCAUUGUUUAAAGUUAAAUAAAGCACUUCAAUUAACUUUUAAACUUUUUUAUAUUUCCCUGUUGCUUUUAUGUUUUAUGUAAAGCACUUUGAAUUACCUUGUUGUUGAAAUGUGCUAUACAAAUAAA